UGCAAAUUUUGGCGGGAGUUCGAGCUCGCCCGGCCCGCGUCUACACUUGUGUAUAGCUAGCUAGCUAGCUGUGCAGCUUUGUUGAGCAAACUAGCAGCCAUGGACUGCUCGGGGAACCGUGCGUUGGCUUCAGGUUUAGAGAAAGAGCAUACUCGACGUUUGGAGUUCCUUCAAGGCCUGCGGCGGAGGUACGAAAAGAAUCGACGAGACAAAGUAGAGGUUGAAAGUCUGUGCGGAGACAUGGAGAGAUUAGAGCAUCAAAAAGUAUACUUGGAGUCAAUGCUGGGAAAGCUGCAGCGGAAUAGAGGAGCUCUUGAGGCUGCCACAAAGAGAGAGACAGAACUCUUUGUUCCACAGAGUUAUGAUGCUACCUUCGAUAGGGCACUAUUCCGCCGUACGCUGGGCCUCGACAUCAGACUGAGUGAAGACAGGCUCAUCAGCCUCGUGUUCAGUCAGAUAGAUCCCCAGCAGUGCGACCAACAGUUCAGAGUGGUUCUUGAUAUCUCUGAGACUGGCGACUGGGAAGCGACUGACAAUGACGGACAGGUGGCUGUUGUCCCCGUGUCCGAGUGGCAGCGUAUCAAGGACAGUCUGGACCGUCGGCAGCGGGAGAAGGAGGAGCUAUGUAAGGCGAGAGAGUGCAGGGAGAACCGCAGACUCCAGUCACAAAAUAUUGUGAAGCACUGGGAGAACACAAUUGAGGGUCAGAGACUAAAGAAAUUGCAAGCCAAGAAACUUAGAGAGGAGGAAGAGGAGGAAAGGAAAAAAGAAAUUGAGCGUCAGGAGAUGGAGUUUCAAGCACAGUGUCGUAGGGAGGCCAUUGAGAGAGCAAAGACAUUGCUCUACCAUCAGACUGAUCGAGUCAAGACAUUUCACAGAGCCCUGCUGCUGAGUGAGGUGAUGAGAGAGAGAGACGCACAGCUGGAGUACAAGAAGAAGAAGGAGGAGGUUGCAAAGACAGUGGACCAGACAUACAUUGACAUUCAGCAAGAGGAGAGGGAGAGGGGUAUUGCAGCUGAUCACGAGGCAGCUGUAGAGAGGGGCAGGACCCGAGUUGAGACGGCCAAGUUCAAUGCUAUACAGAUUGCUGAGAAAAAGAAGCAGAGAGAGAAGGAAAGAGAAGAAGCUUUAGCAGAGCAGAAGAGAAUUGACAAGGAAAUGGAACAGUUUGUCAAGGCAGACGCAGAAGCUGUGUUGAAAAAGAAGGAGGAGCAGGCAAAGUUGAGGUCUGCACUGGACCUGGUCACGGCAGAACAAGCCAGGCAACAGGCUAAGAGACAGCAGCAGGAGAAGGCUGAGACCUCGGGCAUCCAACUCUUCCUUGACGCCAAGAAGAGGAUGACUCGUCUGAGGAAAGAGAAAGAGAGAGAAAUUUUCCAGCAAUUCCAGAGCCAGCAAGACAAGAUGGCUGACCUUCUGCAGAGCCAGAGGCUGGAAGAGAGGAACACAGAGGAUGAUAUGAUUGCUAGAGCUAUGCAAGAGCAGUACGCUAAGAAAGAGAAAGCUGAAGAAGAAGAGCAAUGUCUGUUGAUGGAGCGUACUCAAGAUAUUCAGAGGCACCGUGUAGAAAUGACGGCUGAGAAAGAAAGGAAGGAAGAAGAAGAAGGAGAAACCAACAUUGAGAUGUUACAGCAGAGAAGAGACCAUGAUUUGCAGUUCCACCAGGCCCAGCAAGAGAUGGCCAAACAAGCCUUCCUGGAUGCCAGGGGACUGCAGGUGUUUCUGCAUGGUCAAGUGGCUCAGAGAGAUACCAAGAAGAUGACGGAAAUGAAAAAGGAGCAGGAACUGAGCAACCGAAACCAACAACUACUGGAGUUGGAGCAGAGGCAGUUUAGAGACUAUGCUGAUGUUGUGAUAUCAGAGGCCAGGGCUCGAGGAGGAAACACUCAAGUACUGGAGAAGUCAGCCAUGUUAGGAGCUGGAGGAGGCAGCGGCCCCGCAGUUACUGGUCUGCAGCCUAGUUACAAGGCCACAGACUCCACUGCUGUAGAGCUGCCCAGCUACCAGCCCAAGUCUUCAGCCACUCCUGCCAACACUCAGAGGAGAAUCGGCUUCACAUGGUAGCUUCAACUACCCUCUUCGAUACCUCUUGCGUAUAGAGAGACGUUUGUCACUAGACUCAGUCAUACUCAUUGAUAUAUACACACAGGCAUGAUCCAUUUUAUAGUGCAGAGUGGUGAAUGUAGUGUAGUGACCACGAACAUGAAUAUUAUGCCGUAUUAAAACUCACUCCUUUACCCCUGACAGUUUCGCACGCCACACUCUAAAACAGUUAGACGACGAGUCAUGGAAACCACGCGAUUUAGGA